CCCAAUUUUCACUUUCUCGGGAUCUUGUCAUUACAAAUAAACAUUAAAAUAUCACACUUAUAAGAUCAUUUGAUUAGGAUUUCAACCACAUAAAUGAAAACUGCAGACUCUAAUCUACGAAUUAAAGCGCCUGAAUAGCAAAACCAGGUUACGAUGGUUUAACCUCGGGAGUUCCACAUGGAGCCCGAUAAACUCUCUGCCCUGUUGAAGGGCCAGCUUACUCAGCAAGACUACCUCACCUCUCAGAAUGAGAUUGUAGCCAAUCCUACUCAAGGGGAGGCUCCUGAGUUGGACACGAAGUCUGAGGUGGUGCCGAAAGUAUCUGCUGCAACCCCUGAGUCUGGCAGUGAGUUUGACCCCGAGUCGGAAAAUGAGAGUGAGGAGAGUAGUGCAGAAAGCGACGAUGAGGAUGAUGAUGAUGAUGAUGAUGAUGAUGAUGAUGAUGAAAGUGAAGGUGAAAGCGAUGAAGACGAAGAUGAUGAAAAUGAAGAAUCCGAAGCAGAUGACAGUUCCAAAUCAGGAACAGACAACAGUCCUAUACCAAGUGAGACUUUUAAAGCUGAAGUCAAUGUGAAAGCAGACAUUGGUUUAAAUGUUGAAAAUGGAGCAGACAAGGAAGGUGGUGAUGGGUUGAAGGAAAAACUGGAGAUUAAUGGUGGGAAGCCACAUUUUCCCCCUGCGAAUGGAGAUGUUUCUGUUGAACAACAGAUGGACUUCAAAGAUGAUUUAGAUGUAAAAGAUGAAGGUGCACUGAUUGCUGGUGAAAUUGUGCCAUCUGGGAAAACUUUUGAAAGUGACCCAGAUUUGAUGAGUGCGAUUUCUGAUCCUAAGUUUGGGGAAGAGUUGGGGAUAUCAAACGGUAGUGAUAGUAUCCUGAAAACUUCUGAUGGUACUGCAGCAGAUGUAGAGCAGUCCAAAUCAGAGGCUGGUGGAAAAGAAAAGGAAAAGGAAAAGUCAACAAAACCAAAGCGUAAACGAAAGCGUGCUGCGGAGGGCGGUGAAAAGUCCGAGAAAAAGAAGAAGAAGCGAAAGAAAGAAGAUGGAGAGAAGAAAAAGAAGGGAAAGAAUUCAAAGAAGAGUAAUGAAAGAAAAAAUAUCAGAAAAAUCUUCAAAGAAGGUGACCUUGAUGAGAACACAAUCACUGCCCAGCAGGAAGAGAAAGAAAGGAAGGAACGUUUGGCGGCACUACAGAGGAAUGUCGCCAGUAAUAUGCACCUCAAAGCUCUGCUAGAAACUGAUAGUGGAGAAGAGGAAGAGGCAAAGGAGGAUAUUGUCGUCCUAGAUAAGGGUGAUCAGGUGAAGCGUACCGGCAAGUAUGCCGCUUUCAAGCCUGCUCGAGAUGUGAUUGAAUUGUCCAGUGAUGAUGAAGAUGAUGAUGUGACGGUCCUAGAAACACCUGAGGAGGAGAUCGAAAUUGAGGAUCCCAACAAUAGCGGUUUGCAUGUUGAUGAUACACUCAAUGUACCUGAUGAGCAAGGGCGGGUGCUUGUCAAUGUGGGUCACCCUGGAGAUGAGCCGGAUAUAUUCCUCGCUCCGCAGAUAGCAAAAGUUAUAAAACCACAUCAGAUUGGUGGAAUACGUUUCCUGUACGACAAUCUGGUAGAAUCCGUCAACCGGUUCCGAACCAGUCAUGGUUUUGGAUGUAUUCUUGCGCACAGCAUGGGUCUUGGCAAAACCAUUCAAAUGGUCUCCUUCAUAGACAUUUUCUUGCGGAAUACUGAUGCGAAAAGUGUCUUGGUUAUUGUUCCCAUCAACACGCUUCAGAAUUGGCUAAACGAGUUUUCCAUGUGGAUUCCUGAGGUGCCAAAUCCGGAUGAGACAAUGAAGGACCAAAUCUGGCCACGGGAAUUCUAUGUUCACCUCAUCAAUGAUAACCAUAAGACAACAAAGGCCCGUGCUGCUGUAAUCCAAACAUGGAUGAAGAAAGGUGGUGUGUUAUUGAUGGGCUAUGAGAUGUAUCGGCUGCUGGCCACAAGGAAGGCCACAAAAGCCAAGAGGAAGCCUGGCAGGAAGACUGCCAAUUCCCAAGUGAUUGAUUUGGAGGAAGAGGAUAGGAAUAGAGAACUGGCUAUGGAUAUCCAAACGGCCCUGUUACGACCUGGUCCCGACCUUGUGAUAUGUGAUGAAGGUCACAGAAUCAAAAAUAGCCACGCUAGCAUUUCACAGGCAUUGAAGAACAUUAGAACCAGGCGGAGAGUUGUUCUCACUGGUUACCCGUUGCAAAACAACCUAGUCGAAUACUGGUGCAUGGUGGAUUUUGUUCGACCAAACUACCUCGGUAACAAGGCCGAGUUCUGUAACAUGUUUGAGAGACCAAUCAUGAAUGGCCAGUGCGUUGAUAGCACACCAAACGAUGCUCGGUUGAUGCGUCAUCGAGCUCAUGUGCUUCACAGUCUUUUGGAGGGCUUUGUGCAAAGACGAGGUCAUGCUGUUCUCAAGGAUGCGUUGCCCACCAAAGUUGAGCAUGUCUUGUUCAUCCGCAUGUCACCAGUGCAACGGAAGCUCUACCGACUCUUCAUGGACAGUCUAACGGAGAUGGCCCUGUCUGGUUGGGCAACUGUCAACCCAUUGAAGGCAUUCUCAGUUUGUUGCAAGAUAUGGAACCACCCAGAUAUCUUGUACAGAAUCGUCAAGCAGAUGAGGAGUGACGCCAUUGAAGAUGACCUUGACCUUGGCGAGACGGCUGACGGGAAGGCAGGCGAGGAUGGCGUGAGCGUGAAGAAGCCUCGCGGUCGUAAGAAGAAAGCACCAACACAACCAACACCAGUGUUUGAUCCAGUGACGGGACGACCGUUUCCGGAUGUGAACUUGUUCUCAGAUCGGAGGAUGGAGACAAUUACUUAUGAAUGGGCUGAUGAUGUGAUAAAAACCUACUCGCCUGGUGACUUGGUGAAUGGUGGUAAGAUGGUCAUUCUCUUCAACAUUAUUGAAGAGACGAUCCGAGCUGGUGAAAAGUUACUUGUCUUCAGUCAAAGUUUAUUCACUCUCAACUUAAUGGAAGAGUUCUUAGGUCGGAGGAAGGUACCAGAUUCAGACGACAAAUGGGCCAAGAAUAAACAUUACUUCCGAUUGGAUGGCAGCACAUCGUCCCAGGAACGCGAGAAACUUAUCAACUUGUUCAAUGCUCCUAGUAAUGAGAAUGUUCACUUGUUUCUGCUGUCAACAAGGGCUGGCUGCUUGGGCAUCAAUCUGGUCGGUGCUAGUCGUGUUGUCGUUUUCGACGCCUCCUGGAACCCCUGCCAUGACUGCCAAGCCGUCUGUCGUGUUUAUCGCUAUGGCCAAACCAAACCGUGCUACAUCUACCGUCUAGUCACUGAUAACACAUUGGAGAAGAAAAUCUAUGAGCGACAGAUUAACAAACAGGGGAUGGCAGAUCGUGUUGUGGAUGAGAUGAAUCCGCAGAAUAACUUUACCAAGAGACAAGUGGAGUCACUGUUGCAUUAUGAGGAUCAAGACUUGCCUGUGAUGAACAUAGAGUGUGUGGAGAAUCUGACAGAUCCAGUCAUGCGCUUGGUUCUGAAAGACUAUUCAGUCUGGCUCACUAAGGAUCCUUUUACACAUGAGUCGCUCCUCAUUGACCAGCAAGACUUGCGGCUGACCAAGGCAGAGAAGAAGCUUGCCCGCCAGAGCUAUGAGAGAGAGAAGAAGAUGAGUUUAUCCAGUUACCAGCGACCAUCAUAUCAGGCCUACUACCCGAAGCCCGGCGAGAUGGCUGGUGCAUCCAACUCUUACAGGAGUGGGAUGCCAAGAACACUGUCGUUGGCGACAUCACUGCCAAACCCUGGUAGUUUACCUCCUCCUCAAUCCAUGGCUACUCCAGUACCAAUGACUCUGAAGAAAGGGACCCCUGGAUUUGGCAAGGGUUUUGAUCUCAGCACUGGUCAUAGUAUGAACCAUACAGGCGUGACGGUCAAUCAAGUUAUAACAACCACAGAAAUUGUUGUCCCUGCCACUACCACCAGCACAGAUACAACUCCACAGAUCAAAAUACCACCAGGAAAACAGAUCCUAGUAAUCAAGACACAGAAAGGUGUUUACAUCCGUACACCAGAGGGGAAGAUCUUUGCUGUGAGAGGGGGAGGUGGACCUGGUGCACGCAGUGCCACUGCCUCAAAACCGCUUGGAAUGGAAGUGACCACAGUAACGGGAACAACGUCGACAGCGACUGUUUCAACAGCGAACAGCAACAGCAAUGCCGAUAGCAUGACUGGUUUCGACUCCAGAUCAUCAGGAUCCCCACGUGUUCCAUCUUCAGUUUUAGACCUGAUGGAUGGUUCAUCCCAAGACUCCAUGUCCUCUUCCACAGCAAGCGGUAUGACCGGCCUCCUACGAUCUGCUCUUAUGAAAGGUCGCCAAGAAGCUGCUAGUCAUCCACCUGGCCCCUCCGUUCAACCAUCAGUCGCACCAUCACCGCUGACAGCACAGUUUUCAUCGUUAUCCACGAGCAGCCAUCAUGCGUCCCCUGUGCCAUUUACGCAAGGUGCAACGAUGCCGCACCAAAGCAGCCACCAGGCGUCGCCAGUUCCGUUUACACAAAGUCAUAGUAGAUUUGGAGCUAGUCCGAUGGAGAGUCUUGUAUCAAUGGCUACAAGCAAAUCGCAGAAACUUCCCACAAGUGAGGAAGGUGAAAGUGCGGGACAAGAAAGUGAGCAAACAAUGUCUGGUACCAAGAUCGGGUCAAUGAACGUACCAGGGUACAACUCCAUGAUAGAUUAUCAGAGUCCGACAUAUCCUGGUUCUUCUCAGAGACUACCAACCACAACCACCAGCACCUUUGUUGAACCCAAGCUAUCAUCACAGCUGAGUGGUUGUGGAAUGCCAAAGAAGCUUGUCGAUCCUUACAAAAUGCCUGUGUCUGGUAGAAAGCACGAGUCCAGUCACUCAGUGGCAGAUUUGUUGAAUACAAACCGCCGUAGUGCACCAGAUGAUGAUCUCAUGAAAUCUGGCUAUGAUGAGACAAUGGAGGAUUAUGAUUCAGGCGACUCAUCCGGGAUGUCUGGUUUGUUUCCAGAUGUUGAUUUUGACACGCCUAUGCCAGGUGUUGCGCAGGCUUUACCAGCUUCGACAUCAGGUCCACUUGGGGUUAAGCAGAUGCAUGGAAGCAGGCUUCCAGUACCUCAGCAAAUUCAGCGCCAGAUGUUUGAUCACCAGGCUGUUGGGAGAGGAAGAGGAAUGAUCAGAUCUCAUGUUGGUUCAGCUCCUAACAGAAAAGAAGAGGCAGGGAUGUCAUCACUGCGAGCUGUACAAAGUGAUCCUCCCUUGGGAACUAUGAGCAUGGACGAAUCUGGACCACGUCUUGGUAUUGCUGACUACCAACGAGCUGUGACCAAGCCUGCUGCUGGAAAAGUUCUCAUGGGCAGAGGAGAGAGCAGGAUGGCCUUCCAAGGUUCACAUCAAGGGGCUGACACCAUGGAAGAGUCCAGCGGACCCCCAUUGAGCAUUGCUGAUUAUCAACGUGGCCACAAGUGGGCAGGUAGCAGUAGUGGUACCACACAAGCUCUUGGAGGAGGUCUACAGAGGCCUGGUACAGAGAAGAUGGACGAACCAGUGCCACCACUUACCGUAGCUGACUAUCAACGACUUCUGACGCAGACUGAUAAGGGCACCAAGCCUUACAGUGGAGGCAAUCUUGAUGGAAAACACGAGUCUGGUGUGUCUUCGCUUGGUUGUCUGCAAAGCCCAGGAUCGGAAAGCAUGGAGGAUUCUGGUUCACCGCUUAGCAUAGCAGACUAUCAAAGACUUAUCAACCGAACAGCAGACAACAAGCCCAAUGUAGGAGCUGAUGCCAACAGAAAACAGGAGUAUGGUAUGUCAUCACUUAGUUCUCUGCGGGCAACCCCAAGCCCGGGGUCUGAAAGCAUGGAAGACUCUGGCCCACCUCUCAGCAUCGCUGAUUAUCAGAGACUUGUCAGCCAAACAGCCAAGAGCAGUGUUCCCAAGACUAAUAUGGGUACAAAUAGAAAAGAGGAAUCAGGGAUACUACCUCCCAGUUCUCAGCAAGAAACCCAAAGCCCUGGGUCUGAGAGCAUGGAAGAUUCAGGUUCACCACUUGGCAUUGCGGACUAUCAGCGACUUCUAUCCAGAACAGCCAGCAGCAUUGGUGCCAAGGCUGAUAUUGGUACUGAAUCGGACAAGAAAGAUGACUACGGGAUGCCUCCUGUUGGUUCUCUGCGAGAGAUACAAAGCCCAGGAUCAGAAAGCAUGGAUUCAGGCCCACCACUAAGCAUUGCUGACUAUCAACGACUUAUCGACCGCACCGCUGCUGAUAAAGGCACCAAGCCUAAUAUAGGGAGAGAUCCGAAUAGAAAACAAGAGUCUGGAAUAAAGCCUCGCCAUUCUGUGCAAAAGACCCAAUGCCUGGCAUCUGAACUCUUGGACGAUUCUGGGCCACCACUUGGUAUAACAGACUACCAACAACUUCUCAAGCACAGUGCUGACAAUGCUGGUACAAGGCCUAAUAAGGGAGGUCCUCCAAAUAGGAGUCGGGAAUCUGGGUUGUCGUCGCUGGGUUCACUACUUGACACGCAGAGUCCUGAGUCAGAGAGAAUGGAAGAUUCCGGCCCACCGCUGAGCAUAGCUGACUAUCAGAGACUUCUAACCAAAACAGCAGACACUACAAGUGCCAAGGCUUAUGUUGGGACAGAUUCAAACAGGACACAGAAAGCUGGGGUGUCCUCUCUUGGGCCUCUCCCAGAUAAUCCUAGUCCAAGAUCAGAUACUAUGGAGGAUACGGGGCCACCCCUCAGCAUUGCUGAUUAUCAGCGACUAAUUGACCAAACAGAAGCCAGUGCCAGGUGUGCAGUCGGCAGAGAAUCUCAGAUGUCCCAAUUUCGCAACCCAGGUACUGCUGCUGGCAACGUUGGAAUGGAAAAUUUUGGGCAACCAUCGAGUGGCCCCAAGUUCCAUCGGUCUAUUUCGCAUCCAGCGCCUAGUUUGGCAACCAGCUCUCAAAUUAGUACUGAUCAGAACAGGAUGGAUGGGACAAGGUUGUCAUCAGUGGUUGAUCCAAUUCCAGCAUCUGGAAGCUUGGAAGAUUCUGGACCACCUCUCAGUAUAGCAGAUUAUCAACGUGCUCUGUCGAGAACAUUAGAUUCAAACCCGAUGAACAGAGCUGGUGAUAACGUUAGUAUUGAUAUGAAUAUUAACUUAAGGCCACCUGCUCCAGUUCAAGCUAUCAAUGUCACCUCGAAAAAAAAAGGAAAGGCAAACCCACCUCUUGGAGCAUCCGCACCAAAAAACGGCAAAAAACGUGGCCCGAAACCUGGAUCAACAAGGAAGAAGGCCACCAAGAAGAACCCUGAUGUGUCUCAACCUGCUUUUGGAGGUCAAAUGGGUUUACAACAAAACCAGCAGGGUCCGGUGAUGUCACAAGUUUCUAUGAAUAUGAGAAUGAGACAUCCAUUCAUGGGAAAUCAGCCAGGACUUUCUCACUCGUUGUCAGAUUCUGGGCAGGUUGAGACAAACUAUGGUCGAGCUGGCCCAAGGCCCAUAGGCAGGGACCAUGGCUCUGUUAUGUCAUUUGGAUACCAGGGAUCUCAUGGUCAAAUUGAUCAAGACAAUUUUGGUGAAGGAAUGAAUAUGCCAGCUGUGAGCCAAUCGCCAUCGUUGGAUAGAAUGUUUGAUUCUGAUUCGAAUAGUGGACAGGACCAGAACCAGAGUUUGAUGAUGGAUUAUUUGGGAAAGAGAGCAGCAAACUCUCCGCUGAAUCAAGAUGGGCAGGGUUUGGGUACCUCUCAUUUAGGUAUGGCACGUGGUAAUCUAGUUACCAACAUGCGUUCAUCCAUGGAUAUGGACAUGGUUAGAAACUAUUCCAAUCCGCAAAAACAAGAGAAUUUUGAUAUAAUUCAGCAACUAUAUCAAAAUGAUUCAUUGUCGAAGUCUUCAGAUUUGUUCCCUGGAGAGGACACCCUGCAGUCUAAUGAACUUGCAAACUUUCUUUCAAAGGAGAACAUGGUCUCUUCAAGUGCUACUCAUCGCCCUUCAAAUGAGCUUUCUGGUUUGUAUUCAUCACCAAGUACGGCAACUACAUCAAGUAGUAUGUCAAUGGGUUCAUCUGGGAGGCAGGAUUCUAGUGGAAGGUUGUCUUCCAGACUGGGAAAUGAUUCUCGUAACAGACUGCCAGGAGUGGGUGCAGAUUCUCGAGGGCGAAUGGCCGGUUACAUGGGAGCUGAAUCUGGGAACAUGCUCCCAGAUUCUAGUCAUAGGAUCACAAGUUCUGGUUCUGGAGGAAACGUAAGUGGACUUGGUUAUGGUGUGAGUGUGAAACAGGAAGACUCGAGAGGUAGACUUUCUGGAAUGGGUAAUUCCAGUGGUAGGCUACCAGGAAUGGGAAGUCCAGGUAGUAGGCUACCAGGAAUGAGCAACUUUAGUCAUGGAUUUAGUAACACAGGAAUGAUGAACAACUAUAGUGAUAUAUCUGGAAUGUCAGGCAAUUCUGGUGAUGGUAUGUCCGGGCUAGGAGAUUCGAAUAACCCAUACACUGGUAUGAGCGAUUCAAACAAUCUAACUGGCUACCAAGACUCAAAUAAUAGAUUAGGAGUUGGGGAAUCAAAUACUAGACAUUCAGGACUAAAUGACACAGUUUAUUCACAGUCACAGUCAGACUUCGGUGCCAGCCAAUCAUAUCUAGAUCAAAUGACCACCAGAUCAACUGGGCAGGAAUACGCUAGCAUGUCUAGUCAACCUCAGUCAAGUCCAGGGACUCUGCCAAGUUUUAAUAGUAGUUACAUGCAGUCUGCAUCAGAAAUGAACAUGUCACAGCCAUGGAUGGGGUCCACAAUGGGCUACGAGAGUUCAUACGGUGUUCAGAAUACAGAUGUGUACAGGGUACCUCAGGGGGCUUCACUUCAGGAGAACAUGAACUGGUCCAACUACAACUUUCCAAAUCAAACCACGCAGGGAAAUCCCUCACAGUCCUUGAUGUCUGGGAGUAUGGAGAAGAAUGCCUAGUUGGUCUCUUUCCUGGAAAGACUAGUUGUGGUUUCUGUUACCAAAUGCAGGGCAAUGAUAUAGUCGUAGAACUACUUCAUUACCAACCAGUGCAAAUCAUGUGUACAUCUUACAUUUCGUCAUGUAGUAUUGACAGUUUGUGCAAAUUGAGUUCUCGGCAGUGCUUGUGUUUUCUUCAUCACAUUCUGAACAAAUGUUACUUUUUCAAUCAUUGCCAAAUCACAAACCGUGCUAGGUUGUGUACUAUCUUUAAGGUUACUGUAAACCCCAAAUCUGGUAAUUGGUGUAUCAAAAUUGCUGUGAACAAAAUGUUUUUUAGGGUAGGGAGGUUUCAUUAGAGGUUUACAUUAAAUGGAUCACAUGCCCUUAAGUUUGAUGAUUGGGAAAAGGCAUUUGUUCACAGGUUGGGUAGCCAUCAGUACCUUCUACCCAGCCAGGAGCACCUCCCCUUUGUAAAUAUUGCAAUAUUUUCUUUUAGUUUGAAAUUUGAUUUGCAGCUACAAUUCAUUUUCAGUGCAUAAUUUGCAAACACAUAUGUAUGAUCAAGCUUUUGAAAUUGAUUGACAACUUUUUUCUCCUUGUCAUUUUUUUUAUAUCUGUGAGUUGAUCCAAUGCCCAAAGGUAAAAACAAGGACUACUGUUUGUUGCCUGGUAAGUUUGGGUUGGUUUUCUACUCAAUUUGUGUUUGGUCUCAAGAUCAGCCCAGAGAAAUAGUUCCCGGUGAGAAUCAAGGGGGCCUUCCAGCUUGCUGAGCUGGCCAGGAAAAAGUGUUGUUGGAAGGCCUGCCUUGAAUACAUAAGAUAAGAUUCUCGGUCAGCUAGGGAACUGAAUUCUCCAGGUGAAGAGGGUUCAACCUAUACCUCUCACAAGUGUUGUGAAAAGUCCAAUCUUAUUUGUACAUUGUGUGUUCAGAUCGUCUAUAGUAGUCGCCUUGCAUGAUAUGAUGUAUUCAUACAAGAAGUUAUGUGUAUAUGAUGAAUGUAUGUAUGUGAAGUGAAAUUAAGUUUUGGGUCAGUCACACUCCACAUGUUCAGGGUUUUGGAAAUAACAUGUACUUGACAGUGAGGCGGAGCCCUUUUUUGCAAUGCAGCCUUUUGGAAUUAGGGAUUUAUAAACCAGGUUUUGGAGAAAAGUUGGCAUGGUUGUACAUGUACUGUUAGGGGAAAAGGAAAAUGACCUGACAUUUAUAUUAUCUACAUUAAAUGACCUGAGCAAAAAAAAGAUGUUCCGAGUAUAAAGGAUUAUUUUUUAAAGGUGGCCAAUGUUCUUGUAUUGAAAGGUUUUCAAACUUCAAAUAGUUGGCCGACUUUCUUUGUAUUCGUUUUGGUGCCUGUUGGAUCUCCUUUCUUUGCUGGAAGCUUUGUGGAAUAUUUCAAAAAAAAUUCAAAUGAUCCAAUUGAAGAUUUUGCAAAUGCAAUGGAACGUCCUUUAGUGGAACCUCUACUUGUUUUGAUCCCAAGUUGGUCACUUCAUGGAGGUAUUAUUACCAUUCAAUUUGACAUCUGACAUAUUACUCCAGAAAUAAUAUUAUUCCUAUGGAAAUAAAUACGAUGUAUAAUACUGCUGCCUGGUUAGAUAAUGUAGGCCUACAUUAUGUUGUGUAUACUAUCUGGACACUGCAAUGUGUAUAGAUAUUAGAAUUAGAUGUCUGAGGUGGAGUUGUCUGUUAGGUUUGAUAUUCUUAAUGACCACCUGAAUACCUUGUGGCAUCUUUGGGACAGAGGCCUCUGAUAAGACAUGUACUGUGCUCCUGUCUGCCAAGUGUCUUCAUAUCAGAAUAUCAAAAUUAACUGAAAUGAUUUGCCCCGUAAGGGAUCAGUAUUGAGUGUUGUAAAUAAACUAAAAAUUUCUCAAUAAAACAUCAAAAGAAACAA